AAGUAAAGAUUAGAGCUUUGGCAUUUAAAGAUGACAACUCUGAUCGCAAGAAGCGUACUUCUGCAGCUCAGGCGUUCUGUUCAGAGAGUUGGCGUGUCUCCGUCGGCGAGAGUCCGCUUUGAGCGCACCCUGCGCUGCUGCGGCAGAACCGCUCCGUUAUUAGCGCAAGUGCCGAGGGGGGCGCUGUUGUGCUGGGGGGCAGAAAAGGCCCUGCUCCGCGGCGCCAGCUGCCAGGAGGGCGCCGUGGCAGCGCGGCCGGCGGACAGGAAGUCUUUAGUGAAGGUGCAGGUGCACAGAGUGGCCUUCGUGGUGCGGCUCGGCCUGCGAGCUCUGGUGCUGCUGCUGAAGUUCGGGCCGCUGUUGCUGCUCUACCCCCUCUGUCUGAUGUGGGGCCGUCUGGGCUCCCGCUGGCUGGACGCCCUGCUGUGGGUGACCGAGACCUCGGGCCCGACCUUCAUCAAGCUGGGCCAGUGGGCCAGCACGCGGCAGGACGUCUUUUCCCCCGAGUUCUGCGACAGGUUCUCCAGGCUGCACGUGCAGGUGCGGCCACACCCCUGGGCGCACACAAAGCAGAGCCUGAGGAGGGCCUUCGGAGAGGGCUGGAGGCGCCUGUUUGUGUUCGACAGCCGGGACCCGGUGGGCUCGGGCUGCGUGGCGCAGGUCUACAGGGCCUCAGCCAGAGUGGACAGCGUGGAAGACCCCGCCUUCCAGCGCCUGGUGCAGGACAUGGAGAGAGAGGAGCUGCUGCAGGCCUGGGAGAUCCCGGGGCUGGGGGGCAGUCUGGGGUCACUGUGGAGUCAAGCACGGGCGGGGGGCGAAGAAGGCCAGCCGGGGACUGGGGAGGCUCCAUCUUCAGCCCCACAGGGAGGGGAGCCCCAAAAUACAGACAAACCCCAGAAGCAGGAGCACCUAAUACCAGUAGCCAUCAAGGUGCUUCACCCCGGCAUCAGCAGGCAGGUGCAGAUAGACCUGCUGCUCAUGAAGGCGGCCAGCUGGGUGCUGCACAAUCUGCCCGGCCUCCGGUGGCUCAGUCUGCCAGAGAUCGUGGAGGAGUUCGAGAAGCUCAUGACCAGACAGAUUGACCUGCGGUACGAGGCACAGAACAUGGAGAGGUUUCAGGAGAACUUCCACAAUGUGGAUUUUGUGACAUUCCCCACCCCACUCCGACCAUUUGUCACCAGGAAUGUUUUGGUGGAAACGUUUGAGGAGAGUGAGCCCAUCUCCAGCUUCCUGAGUCCAGACGUACCGCAGGAAGUGAAGCAGAAGAUCGCCAGGAUGGGAGUGGACACUCUGCUGAAGAUGGUUUUUGUGGAUAACUUUGUGCACGGGGACCUGCACCCCGGGAACAUCCUGGUGCAGGGGGGGCGUGAGGGCGCGCCACGGGGCACCGCCACGCUCACAGACCUGUGGGACACCGUGGUGGUGAGCAUGCGGCCGGCGCCCGCCCCGCUGCGUCUCAUCCUGCUGGACGCCGGCAUCGUGGCACGCCUCAGUGACUCGGACCUGAGGAAUUUCCGCGCCGUCUUCACUGCUGUGGUGCUCAGACAGGGGGAGAAGGUGGCGGAGCUGAUUCUGAAGCACGCCCGGGCGAACGAGUGCAGAGACGUGGCCCGGUUCCAGCAGGAGAUGGCCGAGCUGGUGAACAAGGCCCUGAGCGACACCCUGUCUCUGGGGAAGGUUCACGUUGCGGACUUGCUCUCUCGCGUCUUUGGGCUGCUGAUCCGCCACAAGGUCAAGCUGGAGAGUAACUUCGCCUCCAUCGUCUUUGCCAUCAUGGUGCUUGAAGGUCUUGGGAGGUCCCUGGAUCCCAACCUGGACAUCCUGGAGAUCGCCAAACCCCUGUUGCUGAAAAACUGCGCUUCGCUGCUGUAGCAGCAGACCUGUGGGGUCAGUCUGGGGGCUCUGCAGACGCUGCCUCUCUCAGGAAGAAGGCACUCAGAGGGAAGUGAGUCUGUGCCACUCACACACACUACAGCACACGUCUGCUCCUUGCGAGGGAAGCUGCUGCUUUUCUUUGAACCUGUCUGUCAUACGGGCUAAAGCAGUGUCAGUUCCACAGAUUAGCGUUAGACAUUUUCUGUUCGACCACACCAGACAGUCCCUUGUAUCUGAGGAACAGUGGAAGUGAAUGCUCUAUUGCCCUGUUUGUCUUAUCUGUUAAUCUCAGGACUUGCCUUUGUGUCACAGUCUUACCUCCAGUUAAAAAUGUUUUCACUCGUAUUGUUGUAAGUGGAGCAGACCGUUGUACAAUGUUGCUAGUUUUGUGGCUGUGCCACUGCCUCAUUGCAGUAAUUAGACACUAUGUUUUAUUAUUAUUACACAGUAUUAGUUAAUUUUGGCAGAUUUUCUUCCCUUAAGAGUGAGGCUCAGAACGGUCUGUUCCCCUGGCUGCCCUGUAAGAUAACCCUUUACUGAAAUGACCUUCAUGUUGUUAUUGUGUAAGAC